AUGAAGAAGUUCGGUUUCGGCAAGAAGAGCGAGAAGCACUCGCCUGCUCCGUCAGACAAUCCGUAUGCCAACCCGGGCAACAAUGAUCCCUAUGCCGAGCAAACGAAAUAUGCCAACAUGGGCUCCUACUCUCCAGCCCCAGCCUACUCUCCAACCCCAAGUAACGGUUCUCGACCACCCGCUGGAAAUGGCUAUGCCUCAUACCAGAGUCCACCCCCUCAGCAGACUCCCUCCCCAGCCCCAGGGUAUGGCAGCGACCGAUACGGCUCAGGCGGUGGAUAUGGCUCCAACCGCUACGACAGCACUCCGAACAACAAUACCUCAGCGGGGGCUAGAGGCCCUGGAGGAUACGGUGGUUUUGGCGGUGGUGCCGACAGCAGCAGAGAUGCGCCCUUCGCCGGAGCACAGGGGGGGCCCCAACAGCAGCAGCCGCCGGCUGUCUCUAACCAGCAGUCGGGCACCUCUGGAAGUUCUUACGGAGGCUAUGGCGAGCAGCGGGAAUUGACAGAGGAGGAGCAAGAGGAGGCCGACUACCAGGCUAUUCUUGCUGAGAAGAGACAAGUUCAGCAGGACAGUGUGGCAUCAGUAUCACGCUCAGUACAGAUGGCCAGGCAAGCCAACGAAGUCGGACGUGCCACUCUGGCUCGUCUUGGCGCACAGGGCGAACGACUGCACAAUACCGAGAAGAACUUGGACCUUGCCGCCAACCAGAAUAAGAUCGCUCAGGACAGGGCAGCAGAGUUGAAGACACUCAACGGCAGCAUGUUUGCAGUUCACGUCGGAAACCCCUUUACGUCCAAACAGCGACAACAAAAGGCCGAUGAAGAAGUGCUGAAUCGCCACCGGUCUGAGAGAGAGCAACGAGAGGCGACACGACGGGAUGGUUAUGCAGCAACUCAGCGCAUGGAGCAAAACAUGCGCCAACUUGGGGGCUCGGCUAUGGGCCGGGCACAGGGCCGCAAGAAGGAUUAUGGCAAGUUUAACUUGGACGACGAAGAAGGCGCCGACGAACUCGAAGACCAGAUCGACGACGGCCUUACCGAAUUGGAAGGCCAGGUCAAGAUGAUGAACAUGGUUGGCCGAGCCAUUGGCGCUGAGGUGGAUGCUCAGAACACGCAAAUCGAUCGGAUUAUGAACAAGAGCGAUGCUGUUGAUGAUGCUACGAGAAUGAACAGAGAACGGUUGGCCCGUAUUAGGUAA